AUGUGGCGAGCUGACGCUUCGGAAUAUGCGCGUCUGCCUCAGCUGUUCUUCUUGGAUAACUACCACAACUGUCUGAUGGCUCCUGAAGACACCUACUGCUACGUGGACGCUAGACUUGUGACCAAUGAGACCAAUCAGCUGUUUACUGUCAUACAGGAAUACUCGGCCUACAGCAAAACGCACUUCAACCACACGAUCGUCCACCGAGGCGUGUGCGUCACGCAGACGUGUCGUGAUUACCUCGACAACUCCACAGGCCUGGUUCCUACUGUUGAAGCCUGUCUCAAUGCUACGCUUUACAAGAGUCAUGGUCUUCAGACCAAAGUGUUGGAAGACUUCGUCUACUGCACUAAGUUCGACGAGCCUGCUGGCUACGACAUGGUCGACUAUGCCGUGGCACUGCUGAUACUGGUGCUAGUACUGUUCAAUGUGGCUGGCAGUUUGACUGAUUAUGUUGGCUGCACUGAAAAAAAGAAUAUAGGAGGCCAACUGCUGCUAUGCUUCUCAUUCAAACGCAACUGGGUGCGCCUGUGCACAGCGGCGGGCGACGGCCCGGAGCCGAGGCUGAAACGACUUAAAUGCUUCACCGGACUCAAAACUAUCACGACAAUGCUCGUAAUCAUGGCACACUCUCCGCUAAACUCCGCAAUGUCCACCAGCGAUCCAGAGUUCCUAGAAAACAUAUACCACAACGCUGCAGCAACAUUCCUAUUCAACGGGACACUGAUCGUCCAGACCUUCUUUUUGGUCUCCGGGUUCCUUCUAGCCUAUAACCUGCUGCUGAUGGAGGAGAAACGACCAAUCGGCUGGGACAUGCUGCCGAAGGGUGUACUCAUCAGAUGGCUCAGAUUUGCACCCGUGAACGCCGUGGUUCUGGCCUUCGUGGCCACGUGGCAAAGGCAUUUGGGAAGUGGACCUUUAUGGAAGUCGUUGGUGCACAAGGAGGCAACCCAGUGCAGAAGCGACUGGUUCUACAACUUGUUGUAUGUCAACAACUACGUGGACAAUUCAGACUGCAUGCCGCACACAUGGUACUUAGGAGCGGAUAUGCAGCUAAGCGUUCUCGGGCUGGUAGUAUUCUGCCUCGUGACCAGCGCCAAGUUCCGCCAGAUGGCCGUCGCCGCCGCGAUCUUGGUUGGCCUGGUAACACCGGCGGUCCACAUCGUCGUUCAGAAUCUCAGCCCUAUCCUGUUUGUUUCACCCGAAGUGGCCCGUAAAAUCUUCGUGACAGACCCGACUUUCAACAACCUGUACAAGCGCGGGCACACGAAUCUAGUCAACUACGCCAUCGGACUGGCGUCGGCGAUGCUGGUCUAUCGGCUGCAGCAGCACAAGUUUGACGUCACCAAGUAUAAGAAAUAUACUCCCUUAUACUACGGGCUGUUCCCAUUAUUCGUGUUUCUAAUCUCGAGUGGCAGUUUCCUAUACAUCGACGGCAUAGAGAUUCCGCUGGCGGCGCGGGCGGUUUACGCGUGCGCUUUAAGACUCCUGUAUGGACUCGGUUUUGCUGCGCUUAUCACUGGCGCGGUCUUUAAGUUUGAAAAUCUGUACCGCGGCGUGCUAGAGUGGCGUGGCUGGGACCCUCUAGGACGCCUGUCUUAUGCGGCCUUCCUGGUGCAUGUGAGCAUCAUCAGAACUGCGACUGGCGCCUAUGCUGUGUUGACGUACAGCUCCAUCAAUCAGUUGGUGAUGAUGUGCCUUGGCGUAUUGUGCCUGUCAUACAUAAUCGCUGCUCCGCUAUGGAUGAUGAUCGAAGCUCCCUUCUGCGAGCUGGUGAAGGUCUGCUUCUACCCUAAGAAGACCAAACAUAAGCCUGAAUUGACAGUACAGUGCGAGGGAAAAAAGGAGACCAUUUGUAUUAAAUUAUAA